AUGGCAAAAAAAGCCGAUUGGUUAAAACAAUUAAACGAUAUUGAUACAUGCAAUGCUGAGUAUUGUGAAAUGUUAACUUCUUCUCAUAAAUUGGAAGAUUUCUUUACAAAUGAAUCAUAUCUCCUAUCGAUUUUUACAAAUUAUCGAAGUCGAAGAUUAAAUGAAUUAACAUUAUUUUGGUGUUUUAUGAUCACCUUUAUGCAUUGGUCUUGUGAAACAAAAUUAUUUGACAAAGAAAAAUCUGAUUAUAUUACCGUUAAACUGUAUGGAAUUCUUCGAGGUGAUUCAGUGUCAAACAAGUCGGGUUAUAUUAAACCAAUAAGAGAAGCAUUUGACUUCCUGGAACGUUAUUUCAAAGAACAAUUUACUGAUUCUAACAAUAAAUUCCACUCAACUUGUAUUGAAAGUUUAACUGCAGCUAAACUUCUUGUUGAACUUGAAUCAUCAUCAGUAAAAAUUGUUGUGGGUGAAAUCGUCCAUUAA